AUGCGAAUUCAGCGCGAUCCGGUUGAUGUACGGAGUGCCAAGAGGAUCCAGCAAGCAAAAUGCUGGGAAGAGGGUAUGGCCAUUCUUCAAGAGGAGACGAGCAUGAAGUUGCAGCCAAGCAUUUUCACCUACACCGCAGCCAUCAAGUCUUGUGCAUCCCAUCAUGCAGCGCUCCUCGCACUUCUCAAACACAUGGACGACUGGGGCGUGGAGCUGGACACAGUCGCUUUCAGUGCUACCAUUUGGGCCCUGGGAAAUGACUGGAGCAUGGCGCUAGCAAUCUUGGAGAGAAUGAUCCGUGGCAGUGUUGAGAUCAACUCUAUCACAUGCAAUGCCAUGAUCGGCUGCUGUGCCCAAGCAGGCCAGUGGCAACAUGCUUUAGAUGUGUUUAGCUUGCAGAAGGAGUUGCGUAUCCAGACUGAUGGUUUCACAUACACUUCAGUCGCAAGUGCUUCUGGCAAGAGUGGCCAGUGGGCUUUGGCUUCAUGGCUCUUGGCUGACAUGGUAAGCAGCCAGAGCGAAAUCAAUACUGUCUGCAUGAACGCGGUGAUGAGUUGCUUCGAGAAGGGUCAACAAUGGAGUCGCGCCAUUCUAUGCCUUGAAGGGAUGACGUUGAGGAAGUUGGCCCCAGACAGGACCAGUUACAAUGUGGCCAUGUCUGCUUGCGAUUGGCCGAUGUCACUACACUUGCUACAGGAAAUGGUCCACAGAGGCUUGCAGAGAGAUGUGGUGAGUUUCAAUGCAGUGAUGCAAUCCUCAGCCCGCAGCGAAGAAUGGUCGCUUGCGCUUUGGAUUCUGGAAGAGAUGCGCUGCACUACGGUGCAGCGAAGCAUCGUGAGCAUGAACACAGCGAUGAGUGCAUGUGCAACAGCUGACCAAUGGCAACAGGCCUUACUUUUGCUGCAGCUGUCAGAUGCUGACACGAUCAGCUAUUCCAUCAUCCUCGGUGCAAUGGCGGCUGCAGCCUCUGAGACGCUGCUUUUGGGCAUUCUGCAAGAGAUGACAUCGAGAAGGAUUGAACUUUCGAAGACAUCUCUAAGUGCCAUCAUGUCUCGCUAUGAGCAGCACAUUCCUCGCCGUCUUCGGCAGCUUCCCUUCGCGCCCUUCGUGGCCUUGGCACCAAAGACCUGGCACAGCGCCGUGGCGCUGCACGAUGCAUUCACCGCAACGGAACUCACCGAAGGCCGCCAUCGCCUUCGCCGCACCCCUUUGGCCUCGCGCCGCUUCCUUCGGCACCUGGCGCCAAUUCCUCCGCCUUCGUCGUGUUUGGCGCUGCGACGGCUUCUGCGCAGCAGCGCGGCGGCGGCGCGGAGCGCGGUGAGGGUCAACGGCAGAAAGGCGAAACCAGAUGUGCUGCAGAAGCUGAAACAGCAAGGGUGGCAUUUAACAGCAGCACCUUUUCACCCAGACGCCUUUAUGGUGGACUUUCCGGGAUCGGCGCCAACGUUGGGCCUGACGCCAGCGCAUUUGAUGGGCGAGGUCUAUCUGCAAGAACUGUCAUCCAUGCUGCCUGCGGCUGUGCUACAGGCCGUUCUGCCGCGGAACGCUUCUCUGAUUUUGGAUCUUUGCGCGGCACCUGGGAGCAAAAGUACCCAACUGGCCCACGACUUUGCCGGCACGGUGGUGGCCAACGAACCAGAUCUACCCAGGGCUGGGAAGCUGAGAGCCAACUUCUUGAGAAUGGGACUCACGAAUUACGUGGUAACGUUGCUGGACGGCCGAACAUUUGGUGAUUUGGUGCCUGAAAGCUUUGAUGGCGUCUUGGUCGAUGCACCUUGCAGCUGCGAGGGCAACGCGCGGAAAGAUGUUUUUGCGUUGUUGCGUGCUGGCGUGCGAGACAAAGAGCUGGAGGAGAAACAGUUUCAGCUGCUGUUGAGUGGUUGGAAAGCAUUGAAAUCUGGUGGCUACCUAGUGUAUUCAACGUGCACACUCAACAAGUGGGAGAAUGAGGGCAUUUGCCAGCAGCUACUCAGAAGCGUUGAAGACUGCGAGCGCAUUUCAUUGGACGAUGUGCUGGGAGCUAGCGUGGAUUCUUCAGGACGUUUAUGGCCCCAUUCGUUGGACGUCGAAGGCUUCUUUGUUUCCUGCUUCCGCAAGCUGCGUGGCCGGUGCCCGAGGCCGUGCUCGCUGAAGGCGGCGUGGCAGUUGGUGAAGCCUCUGCGGGAGGAGGAGGUAAUGCGACUGCAGCAGCUGGUAGAGACGACUUGGAACUUUUGGCCGGGCGAUGAGGAGCAUUUGUGCCACUCAGAUGCCACUGGCUCCGUAUGGCUAGUGAAGAAGGGGCUUCAAGUGCCACGUGCAUUGCUGCCCUACACUUGGGAUUUGGGCCUACUGCUUGGUCGGAAAGUUGAUGGCCCUGAUGGUUUUGAAGUCUCAGAUGAGCUGCUACUCUUUGCAGGGCAACGAGUAGCCAGGAGUAAGUCGGUGGAGUGGGCUGGACUUGUGAACCGAGUUGAGUCCAGGGGCAGCGACAAAGUGAAAAACAAGUCAGCGAAAUCUGCUGCCUUUCGUGGCUGGGACUUCAGCUGGAUGGCUCGUUUGCUGUUCUUCUGGAUGUCAAGAGGGUCUGAAGAUGCCAAAGGCCUGAUAUUCUGCUGUAAAUUGAGCUCGGCAGAUGGUGUCAACAGUGUGGAAGUGGCUGGAGAAUGCUCCAGGAUGAACAAUGCCCUAGCUUACACGGGAGCCGGUGCUGACAACAAAAGCGCGGAAGAGGGUGGGGCAUCCAAGAGGCUGCUGCUUGGGGGCGUGUGUGAGCGCCUGUUUGUGCUCGCAAUCUUGCAGAAAGGCUGCAUUUUUGGCUAUUCAAUUUCUGGUGAACCAGGGCAUUGUCGAGAUAUCACUCUACUGUUCUCUGGACUGCGAAUUGACCUUAGAGUGACCGUGACACCUCAGCCCGGAGCUCACCGGCCUGAGGUGACUGUGACCCCAACGCCAAGUGGGCCACCGGAUCUGGAGCUUGUGGAUCGGUUCAACGUGAGCCGUGAGCUGGAAGACCGGCUCCUUGCUGCAACCGGGGUCAGUGAUCUGGCCGCGAUUCCUUUGCCUUUCCUUACCUUCCUGGAGGGAAGGCUGCACGGGUCCAGUGCAACCUGGACUCCCAAAGCCCGGCUUGCCAGGGCUUUCCGAGCUGGUGUUGCUGCCAGCCGGAGACUCGCAGGGGAGAUCCUUGAGGCUUCCACUCCGAGCAUAGAGUUCCGGAACUCCAUCUACGUGAUCCUUCGUUCUCCAUCUCUGCCAGCCGGAGGCUGGACCACUGAUUACGCCACCUUCAUCAAUCAGUGUGGUGGGAACCAGUUUUCCGAUUUUGAUCGAUCAACCGUGUGCCACGCCUUUGCCACCCGCACUGAAGCAGAAGCUUAUUUGUACGGCCUGCCUCGCUGCCCGCACUAUGGCUGCCUCUUCGAGCAGACGAUUCAGGUUGCAAACGAGACCGCCGAGCCCGCUUUCCACUCAGGAAUGGUCGAGAUCAUCACCAUGCGUGGGCGCGGCUUGGGCCAGGCCGAAUGCACCCUGGUCGAUCUGCCCUGGGACACCGUCGAGCAGUUCUACAAGUCUGCCGCGCUCCGUGGCAGUCUGGUUCGGUCCAUCGAGCUGGAACAGUUCACGGUCGGCGACACAGCGGGUCGGCCUACCGCCAGGUCGGUCAUCGAGUUGGCGAAUCAGUGGAUUCUUGGAGAUUUAGAUCGCGAGACAGCCGAGGAGUACUUCUCUGCGGGCGACUUCCAGCCGGACGAGGCAGACGGCGACCCCAUGACAGCCUCCGAGAUAGCUACAGUCGAGGGUCUGAAGGCACAGGUCGCCCAGUUGACUGCGCAGCUGUCUGCUGUCCAGUCGACUCGGCCACCUCCAGUGCCUCCAAUGCCAGGGAUCGCCACCAACAGCAAUCAGCUGUUCCAGGGCCAAGCGCAGACGUUGGGCGCUCAAGACUUGGGUCGUUUACGACAAUUGGCAGGAGCCGACCAGGUUCUAGCCGAGUUCGAAAAGGGUGUGAUCGAGGAGGCCGACAUGACGCUGGGCUUGCCAGACCUUCAAGGUGUAUCCGACCCUAUGCAGAAGUUGCUCAUCACCCAGGUCCAUCAGAACAGUGUGCUCCUGCAAAAGUUUCUGCAGCCAAAAGAUACCAUGGCAAGCCUUCUCGCCAGCGGCUCGGACAGCGCAUCCGGAAGCAGCUCCACCGGAGCGAAAGGCUGUGCAGCUCGAGAUCUCUUUGUUCGGCAGAUGGCAGACCUGAGCAAAGUCGCCGAAGUUGUGAGGCUGAACGCCCUUGCCGAGCUGGGGAUACCGGACUUCAAAGAGGACGGGUUCCUGAUGAAGAAGUAUCUGGAGCGUCGAGUGCCUCUAGCAGACCACAAGCUACUCGCCCAUGUCGGGUGUCUCCUCGCGGAGGGCUGGGCCAUCGCCCACCAGUCGAACAAUGUGGAGAUGAAAGGCUUUCUGGGCCGGGCUCUCAUUUUUGUGGAGCAGACGGCACUGGACAGUGGCAAGGUGGAGUUAUCCUGGCUGAUGAGUGGAUUCGCCGAUCCAAACACCCAGAUGAUGUUCUCGUUGAGGAAGACACCUGGCCUCAAGCCGUUUUCAAGGUUGUCGAAUCCUCUUUGGGUGUCGGCGAAUUUAGCCUAUCUUCGAGAUUUGGACUAUCUGGAAUCCAGAAUGGCCACUCUAGGUCGAGACAAAGGCAAACCUGCAGCAGCCGCUGCUCAGAGCUCAGGGGAGGACAAGCCAAAGAAGACUCCGAGGCCUCCCAAAAAGCCCAAGAAGGGGGCAGGAAAGGGGUGGCGUUGGACGGCGAGCAAGCGUCUUGGUCCGAAGCGUCGUGCACGUCGCCGACGACUCGCUGUGAAGCACCGGACGGUGCAACUCAUUGUGAGCGCUUUGAAUUGGGAACUUUUGGGGCACCCCACCGUGCCACCUCCUGAAGCCCGUCCUGUCUCGGGUGCUAAGAAAGUCAUCUCGUCUCGCAUCAAGUGGGACCACCCCCCGAGCUUCGAUGCCGUGCCAUAUUUGAGCAAUGAACUCGUGCGAGCAGCGUUCAUCGAUCCAGAAGUCCUGAGGUUGCCAAAAGAUUUCUGGCCGCGAAGCCGGCCUGCCAAAAUGCAUUGCUCAAAGGCCGAGCUUUUGGACUUAGCUCAGCGGUGGGAUAAAUUAGGUUUUGUUUAUGACUGCAUUGAGCUUUUCAGAGGGUCCGGCAAUUGGACCGCUGCGCACGAGCGCCAUGGGUUGGCUGUCCACGAUGGUAUCGAUGUGGAUGGCCGUCGCCUGCGCGUCGGAGAUCUCACAGCAAUGUCGACUUUCCAAGAGUUGGCAGCUUUGGCUUUGCGUAGGGUAGUUCGAGAUUGGCACGCAGGAGUCCCCUGCCCAUCUUUCGGUACACUCAGGUUGGUAGAAGCUAUGGCCUCGGGUGCUGCUCGAAGCCGAUUGCAGUCCAUGGGUCCGAUCCCUUCGGCUGCGCGGGAAUCGACGUUGACUGAGUUGGGUCCCACCAAAGACUGCCCAGCUUGGCUCUCCGACCUUGAGAAGGGCCACUAUGGAAAAUUCGACGCCGUAGUUGCGUCGUCCCGAGUUAGUCGAAAUCCAGCUCGCUGGCUCCGGUUUUUGCUGAUGUUGGCCGGAGAUAUCGAACCCAAUCCUGGCCCUGGAAUCCCAUCUCCGGUUCCUAGGGGUGCGAUGGAUUUGACCGUGGGUUUUGCCAAAGAGACAUCGUCAAGAAUGACUCGCUGUUUGCAAGCCUUUCGAACCUGGUGCGAGUCCGGAGGAUUUAUUUGGGAGCAGAUUUGCAGUUCAGUUGAAUCACUGGCUUACGGUCUCCGAGCGUAUGGACUUUUCCCGUUUGAAAAAGGAUAUCCCAGAUACCUGCUAGUGUAUGCAAUUACUGCUGUCCAGGAUGUGUUUCCUCAGACUCGUUCCCAUUUGGGUCUGGCGUGGCAAAUUGAUAAGAAGUGGCAGCAUCAUGAACCUGGGGCCUGUAGGGCCGUACUACCAGCUGUUGCUGUCCGUGCAGCUUGUGCCUUGGGGGCCCUCUGGGGCUGGUGUGCCUGGAGUGCCCUCGUGCUCCUAGGCUUUGCUGGAAUGCUGCAUCCUUCUGAGAUUGUUGGCUUGGUUCGCAGCGAUUUAGUUUUUCCCAGUGAUGUAGGUCAUGACAUGGCUUGCAUGUUUGUUCAUCUGCGCAGUCCCAAGACUGCUCGCUUUGCACGAAGGCAACAUUGUAGGAUAGAUGAUGCAGGAAUCAUAGCUCUGGUCGAAGCCAUUUUCGGCCAGUUGCAGUUGUCCCAACGUUUGUACACUGGUUCAAUGGCCCAGUUUCGGCGCCAAUGGAACUGCGUGAUGGCGCGGCUAGGGAUCCCAUGCCGCCAAGAUCAACGAGGCCGUGAGGCCGACGUGGCCCCAGUCGCAGCCGCGUCAACGCCGCUGCCCACACCUGGAGGCAACGCUGGAGGCUCCACCCGUUCGUGCGAGCCUGAGACAUCCUCUCAGGUGGAAGUGGCAACAGUGGCCACAGUGGCAACCAUGGAGAGUCCCAUGCCAGCCCUGAUGCCCAGAUGCGGUCGAAGUAGACAUGCCGCUGAAGCAGGAUCCUUGCUGAGUCAGGGGGUAUGGACUGAGUUGGUGGCAGCAUGUACUGGCCACUGGAAGACAGAGAUGUUUCAGGCUCCCUGUGAGGCGCCUGCCUCUUGUCUCUACGGUCUGGAACUUAGCGCAAAGGUUGUUGCUGCAUUUGCUGCGCCUUGGCGAUCGAUCGAAAUCGUUUUUGGUAUCAGCGCAAGCUACCAGCAGAGGACCGAGCUGCUGGACAUCACCGGCGAGCCCUAUGUGUGCUGUGCUGGCCUUUGCCCCUGCGGUCCUUUGGGAGAGCCUCAGGACAGCUUCGUUUUGCCGCCCCGCAACGGUUCAGAGGGCCUGGAGAUCGCCUUGAUCUUCAUCCAAGGGGCGAAAUCUCCAGUGCUGGGCUACAAACCCAUGCUGCAGGCGAUCCAGGCCGCCUCCAGCAAUCGACUCUGGGUGGGAGUCCCACAGCACCUGCUGGACAUCGCGGAGAUCGAUUUCGCGCGGAAGGUGGAGGAGAUGCUGCAGAGAAUGAGCAAGGCGGGCAUGAAGGCAGAUCGCUUUGUGUUGAUGGGCCAUAGCCUGGGUGCCGUGUGCUGCCAGCUGUAUUUGGCCAACGUGCCGAAGCGGAAGUUUGAUGCCUUGGUGCUGACGGGCAGCGCCAUCCUGAGGCACUAUCGAAACUCCAGUCUACUGCCGACGACGUUGACCCUGGAUGGGGAUUUAGAUGGCUUGCUGCGGCUGUCGCGACAAGCUGAAGCCUAUUUCCAUCAAGUGGAGCAACCUGGUGGACCGGAGGAUCCCAAAGCUUUGCAGAAUCCAGUGGUGAUUCUGCAGGGUCUCAGUCAUUGGAGCUUCAGCAGUGGCGAUCUGCCCGGCAAUGUCCGGCAGAAUGACCUGCGCGCGGAGCAUUCGCAGCCUGAGGGUCAUCAGAUGAUUGGGGAGGCUGUGUCCGACUAUUUGGCAUUCCUCUUUGGUAAAUCGACUGGUGCCCGGCAACGCGUGGUGACAGCUGUCCAGAAGACUGGUGUCAUGCUAAAGCCAUUGCUUGAGGCCCUCAAGAUGGAGGGUUACCGCUAUUUGCAGCCACCAUGCAACAGUGAUUACCCUACGAAUCCAACUUGCCAAUAUCCAAAGUAUCCGGACAAGUCUCUCCUGCCACCAGCGGGUCCUCCCAAACCUUUGCCACCAGCUGACUGCACCUGUGGAAGCCCAUGGGUGGAGCAAAUGGCUGCUCCAAUGAUGAAGGGAGACCUCGAUGUUAAGCUCAUUGUGAAGGAUGCCUUCCACGACGUUUCUGAUGUGCGGCCCUUCCAUUUGCCGCACAUCUUUGAUCCGAAGCCAGGCUCUGCCUGCUCUGGGCCCAAAGAAUGCCUGAUCAAUUCAACCACGGUCACCAUGCCCAUCUACGACCUCAAGGACCAGCUGGAUACGGGGCUUUGGCCCAUCACCGCCUCGGAGAUGCGGACGAAGUUCAAGUCGCGCCAGGCCAUCAUGGAGGCUGCAGGACUGAAGGAUGUGAAUUUCACAGAGACUGAUGGAUCCAAUACUGGAAUCUGUCAAUCCAUCAAUCAAGCAGCGUAUGAAUGGGCUCUCAAGCACGCCUCUCCUGUGGCACUGGGUCGCUUCCAGAAGUACGGCCAGAAAUUGUCCUUUGCAGAGGACAAGAAGUCUGGAUUUGGCAUCAUGGGACCUACAUGGAUCCAUGACAGCUUGACCUACACGCCCAGCCAGGACAAAAAGACGGUGGUGGUUCAGUCGCAUUAUUUCACAACUGCCAAUAAGAACUUGGGCGAUGUGCCUUUCAUUCAGACUGUUGGCUACCACUACUGCAAGCUGCUAUCACCAGCACGUGCCAUGGAGUGGAUCUACGUAGAUGGCUUGAAGGAGUUCUACGGCUUCAAGAAUGUCACUGAGACUGCGAUCAUUGUAUGA